UUCUGACCAUUAUUUUGACAUGCAGAGGUCCGGUGUGCGCACGCGCACCGCUGUGCCACCGCCUUCUACCUGAGAGGAGCACACCUGGAACCAACGAGACGGAAGUUUGUUGAAAUCAGAGAGAAGAUUAUUGUCUUUUUGAAAACUGUACUUAUCUUUUUUGUUGUUGUUGUGGGUAUCAAAGCAGCAACAGAUGAUCUCCGGUUAGAGCAGGAUGCCAUAUCCGUGGAUUUUUAAAACUUCGUUAAUGAACUGCCAAGCGUAAGCUUCAGUUCAGCGACUUGUGCUGGAUCUUAAUCCACAACCAGCCACAGCCAAGAAAGAAGAAUGACUGUUUUUCGAAGAGUUCUCCGAAGACCUCUGCACCCACUUAAACUGGUCAUAGUGACCUUAGUGUUUGUCACAUUUCUGUUUUUUAUACAAUGGGAAGUGGGGGCACAAAGCCAACAGGAGGAUCCCUGGCUGAAGGAGAUGGCGGUGAAGCGUGACAGCAUGCUGGGAAUGGUCAUAGGGGCCGUCAAUAACUUCAAGCAUGCAAUGCCAAAGAUGCAGAUCAAAGCCCCCGUACGGCAGCAGGAUAAACCAGGGGGAGCCUCCUGCCUGCCGGGUCACUACACUGCUGCUGAGCUCAGGCCGGCUCUUGAGAGGCCUCCACAGAACCCUCUCUCUCCUGGAGCUGCUGGGAAACCUUUCCACACAGAUUCGCUCAGUCCCGAAGAACAGAAGGAGAAGGAGAGGGGUGAAGAAAAGCACUGCUUCAACGUUUAUGCAAGCGAUCGCGUCUCCUUGAGCCGAGACCUGGGCGCAGACACAAGACCACCAGAAUGCAUUGAGCAAACCUUUAAGCGCUGUCCCCCCUUGCCGACUACCAGUGUGAUUAUUGUGUUUCACAACGAGGCGUGGAGCACUCUGCUGAGGACGGUUUACAGUGUCCUCCACACUUCCCCUGCAAUUCUCCUGAAGGAGAUCAUCCUAGUGGACGACGCCAGUGUGGAUGAUGUAUUGAAGGAUGACCUGGAUGAGUAUUUGAAGCAGCUGAACAUUGUCCGAGUCGUCCGGCAGCGAGAAAGGAAAGGACUCAUAACCGCUCGUCUGCUGGGUGCCUCCGUGGCCACCGGUGACACCCUCACCUUUCUCGACGCCCAUUGUGAGUGUUUCCAUGGAUGGCUGGAACCUCUGCUUGCAAGGAUUGCUGAGAACUACACCGCCGUUGUGAGUCCUGACAUAACAACUAUUGACCUCAAUACAUUUGAGUUCAUGAAACCUUCCCCAUAUGGUCAGCACCACAAUCGUGGGAACUUUGACUGGGGUCUCUCUUUCGGCUGGGAGACUUUACCCGAUCAUGAGAAGCAGAGGAGAAAGGAUGAAACAUAUCCCAUAAAGACUCCCACGUUUGCUGGUGGACUCUUUUCAAUCUCUAAAGAAUAUUUUUACCAUAUUGGCAGCUAUGAUGAAAAAAUGGAAAUCUGGGGUGCUGAAAAUAUUGAGAUGUCAUUUAGGGUGUGGCAGUGUGGUGGACAGCUGGAGAUCAUCCCAUGUUCUGUUGUUGGUCAUGUUUUCCGGACCAAAAGUCCACAUACGUUCCCCAAGGGCACGCAGGUGAUUGCUCGGAAUCAGGUACGACUAGCUGAGGUCUGGAUGGACGAAUAUAAGGAGAUCUUUUACCGUCGUAACCAGCAAGCUGCACAAAUGGCUAAGAAUAGAAAUUUUGGAGAUAUUUCCAAACGUGUGGACCUCCGGGAGCAACUGCAGUGCAAAAGUUUCUCGUGGUAUUUGAACAACGUUUAUCCAGAAGUUUUUAUGCCUGAUCUAAACCCAGUCUUCUUUGGCUCGGUAAAAAAUCUGGGGAAAGACACAUGUCUGGAUGCUGGAGAGAACAACGAGGGUGGGAAACCGCUGAUUAUGUACCCAUGUCAUGGACUAGGUGGAAAUCAGUACUUUGAGUAUUCCACACGUCACGAAAUUAGACACAACAUUCAGAAGGAGCUGUGUUUGCAUGGGGCAGGGUUGGCUGUGACGCUGGAAGACUGCCAGUACAAAGGCAUGAAUACAUUUGUAGGAACCCAACAAAAAUGGGAGCUGAAGGAUAACCAGUUGCUCUACUUGCCAGGAUUGAACAUGUGUCUAACUGCCCAUCAUGAGAAUCCAUAUUUGGCUCCAUGCAACCCCUCAGACAAAUAUCAACUCUGGUCCUUCAUCUGAGUCUGCAAACCACUACUUUGCAAAUGUCGGCUUGGUAUGCAUGAAGCAUACAAGGACACAAGUAUCUCAUAAUGUAUGCAGCUUUUUUUUUUAGAUUACAAACUACAUCAAAUUUUUAUUUAUUUUUUAUACUAAAAAGGACUAAACUUUGCUGUUGCUGCUGUUGGAAAUUCUAGACUUUGGAAGAAUACAUCAUGUGCCUCUGCUACAAGAAUUCAUUUAAUUGCACAUUAGACAAGUGCCUUUUAUGUUUUAGAUAACUUUACAACCAAAGCAAACACUUGGUUAUUAGUUAAAGCUGGCACAUACUGCAACAAAAUACACUGAGGAUAUGCAUUACAAUCUAAACAGUAGAAGUGGUGAUAAAGUCCUAAUAAUGUGAUGGACAGAACAAAUAGGAAAUUUCCCUUUAAAACUAUGAAGUGCCUCAGAUCUCACUUUGUUUUUCUUUUUUGUUAUUAGUCUUUGUACAAAAUUGGUAGUGGUUGGGUAAUUUUUUGUUGAAAACCAUCUGUGGUUCAAGGAUUUAAAUCACCUUAUACAAAAUUUCCUUUGUAAGACGUAUUUUUAUAAUGCAAGAGAUUGUAAAAGGCCCAUUUGUUUUGUUAAGAGAAUGUGUGAAGACGUUUAAAUAUCAAAAGACAAAAUUUAUAGUUACUGCAAAGUAAACAUGAGUAGUAAAGCAUCAUGAGUGAUAGAGAUUUAUUUUUGAAAUCACCUAAAUAUGUCUAUUAUUUCUGGGUUUAUGCUUUGGUGUUUAUGAAGGGGAUCUCUCAGUUUAGCAUAAGAAACUCCACUUAAUAAUUAAAUGCAUCUGCUGGAGUGAACCUAUGAAUUUCUGGUGCAGGCACUAGUGUUUUGAGGGCUGUGAAUGUUGCGUUGGGGCUUCGGAUUGAACGUGGUGACUUUUCUGAAAUGGCAAAUGUUUUGUGUCCAAUGUACUGAAGUCUGAAGAUGUGAUUAUGAGACAAAUAAAUUCUGUUGGGUAAA